AGCCAGCGGAAGGGCAUGCUCUGUUACUGCUGGUGUAGCUGUUCGGGUGGGGCUGACCGGGCCGAACCGGACCAGACGUGAGCUACACAGCGCCUGCAGCAUCGCCUUGUCUUCGCUCACUCUGCUCGCACGUCCUGAGUGUCUUCUGCCCCCAGUCUUGAGCCGAGUCAAGGGCCUACUGGCGCAAGAGUCGCUUGCGCCGCGCGGGGUUUGGCCAUCUCACCGCGCCGGUUCUGUCGUGGCCUCAGGGGAACAUUGUCGCGUUCGAGGGGUCAGACGGGCGGGAUGUUUGCACAGUCUGGGCCUGGUGGUGGUUCUGCCAGGGCCGGUCGCAGUGAUUUUCGGGGGGUUCCUGCCGAGCACUGUGGGCCCCUUUCGGCCCCUAGCGCUCCUGGCUCUGGCAGCGUCACCGGACAAAGGGCCCCAAGCGCGGGGGUGUCUCCGAAGUGUACGCGCGGGUUUACUUCCUCUCCGGCCCCACGGGCGCGCUUCCCUCUUGGCGGAUUCCGAAGCCCGCCCCGCCGCCGUCACCGCACCAGUGGCUCGGGCUGCGUGGAACCCACAGUGCUAAUCCUGCCCUCCGGAUCUAAUCCGGAUCGGGACUUGGUCCCAGGGGAGGCCCCCACCUUCCCUUCUAUUGUUCUGGGGACCAGGUGAGCGGCCCAUUCUCACUAUACUCGGUUACGCCACCUACUCCCGGUCGGCCUCCUGAGAAAGGGUGGGCAAGUUCCGGUCUGGACCCAGUGCUAGUGACCUAGGGGCAGGAGCCCCCCUCCAACGGCUGGACAGCGGGCAACGGAAUCCCAAAAGCAGCUGUUGUCUCCAGAGCAUUCCAGCUGCGCUUGGAUUUCGUUCCCUGCUCUCCUGCCCGAGCAGCGCUGUAGCCCAGAUGGGGUGGCCCGACUCCCAGGCACACUUUCCUGGACCUCUCCAGUCUGUCCCUCUCUCAGGUGCGCCCUCAGGCUGGAGGUGGCGGGCACAGACGUCGAAGAGCUGGGGUUGGUGGCCCUUUCUGCUCUUCAAUGAGCACUGAAAAGGGAGGUCCUGGCUGCUCCGGAUAGGGCUGCGAUGGCGGUGAGUCCCACAGGGCCGCCCCAGCCCGCAGCUCACUAAAGAUAGCCCUUCACUUCCUGGGGAAAAAACCACCCUAACCGUCUUCGUGGAUCGAGAGUAAAUGAAGUCAUCAGCUAGCUGGUGGGCCCCCAGUCCUGCUAGCAGCUGUCCCCAGGUCAUGCGCCUGGUGCAUGGAAAGUGCUUUGGAAUGACACGAUCACUCCCGUUGAGUGGGCACCCAAGAAGCCAUCGGGAAUGUCGUGUCCGCCCAGUGCUCUUUCGGCGCUUCCCAGUAGGGCCUCACAGCCCUGGUCCAGAGAGGGGCCUUGCCAAGCUCUUCCUACCCCUAAAUUUUCCUUCUCUCCCGAGCUCUGGCACUCCCACUGCUCUAGAGCAGAGAUCACAAGUCUGGUUCAAGCUCCAUUAGAAGGGGAAGGGGGGAAAGUAGGUUACAUUAAAAUGAAAACAUUUGGGAAUCCUCUUGAGAAAGAGGAAAGAGGUUUUUUGCAGGGUGCUCUGAGGUCUGUUUAGCUCACAUUGUUUAGUUGUCCCACACUGGCUUUCUCCUAAAACAGGAAGCGGCAAAGGAUUGCUGGUAAAUUACACCAGGUUAGAGAAACAUUAAAAGCUGGUAAUUCUGGAAAACAUCAUGAUCGUUCUAAUUCCUCAUCUGUCAAGAAAACGAACAAUUUUAUGUGACUGGAAAUUUAUCGGAAAUAAAGACAAGGAACGAGGAAAGGUUUACAAUUAACUGAAACCGCAGAACACUAAUUUUUUUAAAAAAAGAUUUUUAAAGUACAGCUUUAAAGUGUCUUUAAUAUUACUGCCUUAUUCCAAAUGACGACUCAUUUGGGACUUCUGACGUUUAAGUCAUUUCUACAAUGGGAAAAAAAUGAAACAUCACACAAAGAUGUGAGACCUCGAUGACUAGGAGUCUUGCCUGAGCCCACACCUGGUCGCGAAGAUCCUUUCCUAGGUUACUAAUGCAGGGAGACGACGAAAAGACCCUUAGGCGUGGAGCGGACCCCGAGCCCAGAAGUGCUCGGAGGGCACGCAGAGAGCGGUAGGUCGAAGGAAGCCCUCCAGAUUUGCCCAGGCGCACUUAUCCACUCAAGGGGACAGCUGCCGGAUCCCCGCCCCUCCAGUCCGCCCUCCCGGAAAUUUACCGAUGCUUUACUUCCUGUUCCGCUCACUCCUUCCGGUCGUCAUGGCGACAGGGCGCCUUGGGGUGGGGGAGACACUGGAGGCCCUUAACGCUGCCCUAGGGCCGGGCGACCCCGUGUGGUUCAAGGAGACGCACGCCCGUCACUUGCGUGUUAGAGACUUCUUGGCGCCGCGGCGUGCGCUACAGGCGCGCUUCAGGGACGGGCAGGUACCCGAACACGUGUUCCGUGCUGUCGCCUGCCUACAGGGUCCCGGUGUGGCCCCGGUGCUGCGCUGCGAGCCGACACCCUCGGGUUUGUCUCUCCAACUACAGCGGACUGCAGUCUUUGAGCGCGUACUGGGCGCUGUGACCUCCUAUGCCACGCCUGCGAAGCCGGCCUCAUCAGGUCCGCGUAUGCUCUUGCACUGCCCGGCACUGCACUGCAGCCCUGGCGCUCUCCGCCUGAGCCAGCUGCGUGCAGUGCUGGUGGCUGAUCACCUAGCGCGAGCGCUGUGCGCUCACGGAGUGUGUGUGCGCCUAGUGCCCCCAGUGUGGGACCCACAUAUGCAAACCUUCCUGGAGAAACUACGCGUGGACUGGCCCACCGCCUUGGAGAGAACCUCAACUGAAACCCUGAGGAGCCGUGUGCUUACAGAGCUUACCCCUGUUCAUGACGGGGAGACACUGCCCCCCGGCGUCUUGGGCAGACUGUGCCUGAAGGAGCUGAUGGAAGAACUGGGCCGAGGGACUGGCUAUGACCCCAACGUGGACAACUGUCUAGUGACUGAGGAUCUGCUGUCUGUGCUAGCUGAGUUGCAGGAGGCUGUGCGCCACUGGCGGGAGGGCAGCUACUCAGGCUUGGCUGACACGCCAGAUGCUGUUGCAGACAGCUGCAUGGUUGUACAUGUGGUGAGCUGUGAGGAGGAGUUCCAGCAACAAAAGUUGGACCUACUUUGGUGGAAGGUGGAUGACCAGGCUCCUCUUAGCCAGAAGCACCUGGUCUGUGGCCCAGUGAAAAUAGCUGGUGCACUCAGCACUCUGAUGACUGCCCCUGAAUACUACAAGCUUCGGCAUGCCCAGAUGUGCAAGGCCUCAGCACUGAAGCAUGGUGGGGAUCUGAUACAAGACCCAAUCUGGACAGAGAUCUUUGGGGUUCUCUCUGCGGCCACCAUCAAGUUUGAGAUGCUGAGCACAGCUGCACAGAGUCAACUUCUCUUGACUGACAGCAGCAUCUCCACAAAGGGCACAAAGAGUGGCACUUUUGUCAUGUAUAAUUGUGCCCGCCUUGCCACACUUUUUGAGAGUUACAAGCACAGUAUGGAACAAGGUCUGUACCCCACUUUUCCACCUGUGAAUAGUCUGGACUUCUCGCUGCUACAUGAUGAGGGUGAGUGGUUGCUGCUCUUCAACAGUGUCCUUCCCUUCCUGGACCUGCUGAGCCAGACUGCAGUCCUAGCCUCCAGAGCCUCGGGGUUCCACAUCACUGCUCGCACAGAGAUGGUGUGCAAGUUCCUGGUACAGCUCAGCAUGGAUUUCAGCUCAUACUAUAACAGAGUACACAUCCUAGGGGAGCCUCGGCCACACCUCUUUGGUCAGAUGUUCGCCCGCCUGCAGCUUCUGAGGGCUGUUCGUGAGGUGCUCCACACAGGCCUGGCUCUGCUGGGCCUCCCUCCACUAAGCCACAUGUGAGACUACAGAGGGCCCAGUAACCGGGAAUA